GUGCACAGCGGCUGCGUUCGCGGGAAACCGGCUGGCGUAGUAGGCCUCCAGCCGCCUCAUUUCGUAAUAAGCCUAUAGUUAUUGUCGCUCAAUUGAGUAUCAAAUCUUUCCACUGGCUUCUCAAAGCAUCCGACAUUGUUGUCUUUCUCGCACGGUCGACAGUUUGAACUGUCGUCCGUGUAUUACGUCGGCUAGCACGCUGAGUCUCACUGCACCGGGGCUAAAAGCCCUAGACAUCUUCUAGCCGGGACAAAAGGCUUCCACUGGCAGGAAUGAGAUAGCACGGCAACAUGAGCCAGUUUAACUUGGAACGCUUUCGUUUUCACAAGACAUCCGUCAAAUUGCAGGAACGCGGCCCCAAAAGCCCGGAGUCUGAGAAGGAGAACAAGCCAGGUAAUAUGACACCUGCCAAAUCGUCAUCAAAGUCCCAUACCAGAGGGGUGGUUUUUGAUGAGGUUAUUGAGCUGUCUGACGACGAUCAGCCAAGGAGACACUCUCGGGCUCCUGUAGAGAAAUCAUCUCAAAGUGUCACAGAGAAUGAGAAUGAAGUGGAGGAAAAAAUGUCAGAACUGGCCCAGAUGUUCCCUCAGUUGUCAAGGCAGAAGCUCUUAGAGGUUCUUGGCAGUACCAGCACAUUGGAUGGAGCUGUUGCUGCAUGUCUGCUGAUGUCUGGUGAUAAAGACCCAGAUUGUGUCAGGAAGAGAAAGCAGGAUGGAUCCGGCAGCUCAGAGAACAGCACAGAUGCUCAACCCAACAAAAGAAGGAGACAAUCAGUGGCAUCUGAGGAGGAUGACGACGAUGAUGAUGACUGCAAAGUGGAUGGACCAAGUUGGGAGAAAAAGGAGGCAAUGGUCAGAAAGCUGCAGAAAAGGUUUCCCGAUCAAGACAAGGAGGAGCUACGCAUGGUGCUGCAGGAACACGACUGGAAUGUCGAUGAAGCUCUCCAGGUUCUGAAAAUGUUCUCUGACCCAGGUUUGGACACAUCUCCCAUGUUGUCUUUCUUGUAUCUACAUCUGUUGUGUCCAGUUCCCUCUCAUGCUGAUGGUCUUAAUUUUUGUGAACAACAUGCAGAUAGCGCCAGCAUCAGCUCGCCUGACUACGCGCCGAAGAAGUCCCGCCAAGCAAAGAGCAGCAAAGACAAGUCGCAAACCACAUUGCACCAACGCUGGAGUUCGGACAAAAGUAAAAGCAAGACCAAUGCUAAGAAUUCCAAAGACUUCAGGGAUGUGAGUCAGUCAGAGGACGAUUCAGAAGUUACAGUGGACAGUGAUGACUUUUCAGACGAGAAAGAUGAAGAACAGUCCAUAAACACAAGCGAUACUUCCUUCCUGUCCUCUUGGUUAGUAAGGACAACUACCUCUAUCUCUCAGAAGCCGUCCGCUUCCUCCUCCUCCUCCUCCUCCUCCUCUGCUGCCCAAAUGCUGCCCAGGUUUACCAGUGGGACAAUUAUAGCCCAGAAGCAAGCGGUUGAGAGGAAGAAGAAAGCCCGCGCCUCAGAUGAGCACUUCAGUUCCGAGGAUGAAGAGGACGAUGACAGCAGCGAAUUCGACAACUCAGACGAAGAGUUGAAAACAUCUAAAAGCUCGGGAGACAUGAAGGAGCAGGUCCUCCUCUUCUUUCAGGAAUCUACAAUUGACGAGCUGGCUCUGAUUUCUGGUUGCUCUGUUAAGAAAGCCAUGAAGAUAGUGCAGCUGCGGCCCUUUAAAAACUGGAUAAGCCUGACCGAACUCAUCCACAAGGACAACGGGCUGUCGGAGGACCUGCUGCUGGGCUGCAAAGUGGUUCUUAAGGAGCGCACCAUCGUGCAGAGGCUCAUGUGCAGUUGCGAGACCAUUUCCUCCAAGAUGGUCAAGCAGGUCACGGGGGUGAUGAGGAGCGGGACGGGGGCCGUGAAACAGCCCAGCUUUCUCAAUAACCAGCUGCAGCUGAAACCUUAUCAGCUCAUUGGUCUAAGGUGGCUGCUGCUUCUGCACGAGCACCAACUGAGCGGUAUCCUCGCUGAUGAGAUGGGUUUGGGGAAAACCAUCCAGGCUAUUGCCUUCCUUGCCCAGUUACUCCAGAAUGGAAUAGAGGGUCCUCACCUCAUCGCUGUGCCUGCUUCUACACUCGAUAACUGGGUCAGAGAGCUGAAAAUGUGGUGUCCGAGUCUGAAAGUCAUAGUUUAUUGUGGAUCUGUGGAGGACCGUCGCUACCUCAAGCACGACAUCCUCAAUGGAGACCUUGAAUUUAACGUCGUCGUCACCACGUACAACUUUGUCAUCGGUAACGACAACGACCGUGGUCUGUUCCGCAAGCUGCACGUCACGUACGCCAUCUUUGAUGAAGGCCACAUGCUGAAGAACAUGAAAUCGCUGCGCUAUCGCCACCUCAUGUCUAUCAAUGCCAAGCAUCGCUUGCUGCUUACUGGCACUCCUUUACAGAACAACCUCUUAGAGCUGAUGUCACUCCUCAACUUCAUCAUGCCGUCACUGUUCUCCAGCUCCACCACACAGCUCUCCAAAAUGUUUUCUUUGAAAUCGCACGAGGAGCAGAGUCGUUUUGAGAAAGAUCGCAUCUCUCAGGCCAAACGCAUCAUGAAACCCUUCAUCCUCAGAAGAGUUAAGAAUGAGGUCCUCAAGCAGCUGCCUGCCAAGGAGGAGAAGGUGGAGUUCUGCCCCAUGAGUGAGAAGCAACAGGUUCUCUACCAGAGUCUCUUGAAAAAGUUCAAGGCUUCCACCAGCGGCGAGAAGCGCGAGUUGAGUAACGUAAUUAUGCAGUUAAGGAAGAUGGCCAACCAUCCAUUGCUUCAUCGGCAAUACUACACCACGGAGAAGCUCAAGGCCAUGAGCAAACUCAUGCUCAAGGAGCCAACUCACGUUGAUGCAGACGCCGCGUUGAUCCAGGAGGACAUGGAGGUGAUGUCGGACUUUGAGCUGCAUCGUCUGUGCCAGCAGUACUUGUCCAUCAGCUCCUACCAGUUAGAGAACCAUCUGCUCCUUGACUCUGGGAAGUUCCACUGGCUCACAGAAAUGCUGGCGUCACUCAAAGAGAAGGGUGAUCGGGUUGUGCUGUUCAGUCAGUUCACCAUGAUGCUGGACAUUGUGGAGGUACUGCUGAAGCAUCUCAAUCAUCGUUAUGUGAGACUGGAUGGAUGUACACCAAUAGCGGACAGGAUUGUUCUGAUUGACGAGUUCAACACGGACCGCGAUAUAUUUAUAUUUCUGCUGUCAACCCGUGCCGGUGGCCUCGGCAUCAAUCUCACGUCCGCCAACGUCGUUAUUUUACACGACAUUGACUGGAACCCCUACAACGACAAGCAGGCCGAGGACCGGUGUCACCGUGUGGGCCAAACCAGGACUGUGCGGGUCAUUAAGAUGAUCAGUAAGGGCAGCAUCGAGGACGAUAUACUGCAGCUGGGCCAAAGGAAGCUCAAACUGGAGCAGGACAUGACGGCUGCUGAACAGAGUGGUGCGGGGACCAUACCUGAAGACAUGGCAUCUUUGCUCAAAGCUUCACUGGGACUGUGAUAUUCAAACACGUGAAACUAAAUGACUUGAGUGGGCGAAGGGGGAAUAUUUCACUGGCAUCUGUGAUCCUGGGCAGGCUUGAAUUUUGACAAAACUGACACUGACCUGUGCCUGUUUUGGAAAUACCCACCUUUUGCUGUAUGAUGAAGAUAACCAGUGUUGAAGCACUAAACAGUGUGCCUUUCCAUUGUUUUCUCCUCAGAGCAUACAAGGGCCUCAAGCUUUCACUUUCAGACUGAUAGUCAUGCAAAAUUGUAGCGAGGUGCUGAAACUUGAUAAACAGCACAAACCAUUGCUUCAUGAUUUUGACUUCAGUCAAACAGGACUAGAUGUAUGUGUUGGCGAAGGAAUGAGAGCUUAUACUAUAUACAGUAUAUCAAGAAAAGCAAGACCUUGCGAAUACGUAUUGUCGGUCUAUGUCUUCCAAAAUAACUAAGAAAAGCCAAGACCAAGAAAAGGCUUCUUUUGUCAAAUGCUAUUAGCAAGAGGAGGUAGAGUCAAUGUACAAAAACUUACAAAAAAACAUAUUUAACAUGUAGUUUCUUGUAAAACAGAGAACCACUGCUUCCGGUGUUAUUGUGAUAUUGAACAAAGCAAAAGUUGUCCUGAAGGAUAAUGCAUUUUUGCAGGUUGUUGUUCUUAAUUUCUUCUUGAUGCCCCUGAUGCAUUGGUCAACGAUAUUGAUGAGUCUAGGAAGCAGCUGCUACAUUGACGUAGACUACUGUAUGAUUGAUGACUAAUGUGUGGUAAGUGUUACUCUUUUGUAAGGCAUUUCAAAUAAGAGUUUUUGUCUUUUUAUGUGUUCAUUUGAGUUUAAUAAAACACUUUUAAUUAAAUAAAUGCACAGAUGGUUGUGUAACUGUAUAUUCAAACCACAAUCCAUAAUAGCUUCAUUGGGAGUUUUGAAAAGAGAAUUUAAGCAUUUGAAACCAUGUUUUCAGCUAUAUCUAUCAC